CUCUCGUCGUUCAAGUUGUUGUUAAUCCAGCAUAGCACCAGGGAAGCGCGGGAGUGUUGUUACUUGUAACUAAGCAAAAGACACAGAUUUUCGCCCGUUUCAUCUGUUCAAAUUCCAUUCACUGGAUUGUUGCGUGACCGAGCAAUGGAUGUGGUUUCUCUGGGAAUGCCAGGGCCAUGGGCUGAAGACUGUUACGAAUCAGCUGAUCAUUACACAACAAAAGUUGGAGGAGUUCCUGACUGGCCCCUUCCCAAGGAGGCAAUACAAGCUAAUUUGCUUCAGUGUGGUGCGUGUGGGAUUAAACUUUGUCUUGUUGCUCAGGUUCAUGCUCCAAUAUCAAAUAAGACUGUAAAGAUUCAGGAACGCUUUCUUUUCGUUUUAGGUUGUCUUACGCCAAAAUGUGGAAGUUCUUCAGAAAGCUGGCGGGUUCUUCGAGUUCAGAAGACCUGCACUCAGGAUUUGGAAGUGGCUUCUGCAACUACAUCAUCUCCUGCUGUUCAAAGUACCAGCUGGUUGGAUGAUGUCAAUGAUGACGACGACAUGGAUUUAGAGCAAUUGCGCAAGGCUCUCUUUGAAGCUGGGACUUUGGCUUCUAGCAGGAAAAAAUCAGUCUCUCGUUCGCGUACUGACACUGCUUCUUCUUCUUCGCCGAAGCCUAGAGUUAGUGAGGUUGAUAUUGAUAUGCCAGUGGUGCCUUGCUUUUAUAUAUACUACGUACAUGAAGAACCAUCCUCAGAGGGCCUUAGUUCAAUAUGUUCUAACUACUCAUCGCUUUCCAUUAAGGAGAAUGGAAGUGAUAAUGAGGACGAAGUUUGGGAAAAGGAAUCUUAUGAAUAUGAUAGAGCUUUGACUGCUGAUAGAACAUACCUCAAGUUCAAGAAGCGCUUGGAAGCACAUCCAGAGCAGUGUUUCAGAUAUUCAUAUGGUGGGAAGCCACUUCUAGCUGCUGUUGAUAAGAUAGACCCUGGCAGGUGCAAGCUAUGUGGCGAACCGAGGAAUUUUGAGAUGCAGCUAAUGCCUCCAUUGCUAUAUUUUCUGCAAGAAGCACCUGAUGACAAAAAACGAUUGGUAGAAAAUUGGGAUUGGAUGACCCUCAUGAUUUAUACUUGUUCCAAGAGCUGUUCUGAGAUAAUUGACCGAGGCAAGCCGAAAAGUAGUGAAUGGAUUGUGACUGAGGAGGCAGUUGUGGCACAGUGUGAGAAAUCCAUGCCUGUUCGUAACUAUGAUUGGUGACAUUGUCAAGAAUACCACACAAUGAGUUGAAUUUUGUCCUGAUGUGCCUUGAGGGUUUUGCUUUCUGUAAAGUUCACUUUGCAUGAAGAUUAUGCAACUUUAAUGUAAUUCUACACUGGUUUUGUUUUCUUUCGGGAAAAAAAAAUAUUUGUGAUCCAAAUUAAUUUAUGAUGCUUAUAAAGUAGUGGUUUAGACUGUCGUCUGAAAAGAGGCAAGGUAAAGAAAAAUCAGAAAGAGUACUUCAUGAAGUUGUUGAGUAGAACCUGUUGGAUUAACAAUUUAUCCAAAAAUUUGAUUGUUAACA